GUCAAGCCGAGCCUCGGGACGGCAGCCCUGAGACACCCGGAGAGAAUGUUGGCUCAAUUAAGAAACAUCAGGGAGAUAAAUUCAACUCAGUGCAUUUAAAAAUGACUACAAAACGAAGUUUGUUUGUGCGGUUGGUACCAUGUCGCUGUCUACGAGGGGAAGAGGAGACAGUCACUACUUUAGAUUAUUCUCAUUGCAGCUUGGAACAAGUUCCUAAAGAGAUUUUCACCUUUGAAAAAACUUUAGAGGAGCUCUAUUUAGAUGCUAAUCAGAUUGAAGAGCUUCCAAAGCAACUUUUUAAUUGUCAGUCUCUAUAUAAACUAAGUUUGCCAGACAAUGAUUUAACAACAUUACCAGCCUCCAUUGCAAAUCUUAUUAAUCUCAGGGAACUGGAUGUCAGCAAAAAUGGAAUACAAGAAUUUCCAGAAAAUAUUAAAAAUUGUAAAGUUUUGACAGUUGUGGAAGCCAGUGUAAACCCUAUUUCUAAGCUCCCUGAUGGGUUUUCUCAGCUGCUAAACCUAACCCAGUUAUAUCUGAAUGAUGCUUUCCUUGAAUUCUUACCAGCUAAUUUUGGAAGAUUAACUAAACUCCAGAUACUAGAACUUAGAGAAAACCAGUUGAAAAUGUUGCCUAAAACCAUGAAUAGACUGACCCAGCUGGAAAGACUGGAUUUGGGAAGUAAUGAAUUCACUGAAGUGCCUGAAGUACUUGAACAACUAAGUGGAUUGAGAGAGUUUUGGAUGGAUGGCAAUAGACUGACUUUUAUUCCAGGGUUUAUUGGUAGUUUGAGACAGCUCACAUACUUGGAUGUUUCUAAAAAUAAUAUUGAAAUGGUUGAAGAAGGAAUUUCAACUUGUGAAAACCUCCAGGACUUUCUCUUAUCAAGUAAUUCCCUUCAGCAGCUACCUGAGACUAUUGGUUCAUUGAAAAAUGUCACAACUCUUAAAAUAGAUGAAAACCAAUUAAUGUAUCUACCAGACUCAAUAGGAGGGUUAAGGUCAAUAGAAGAACUGGAUUGCAGUUUCAAUGAAAUUGAAGCUUUGCCUUCAUCAAUUGGACAGCUCACAAACAUAAGAACAUUUGCUGCAGAUCACAAUUACUUACAACAGUUACCCCCAGAGAUUGGAAACUGGAAAAAUAUAACUGUGCUGUUUCUCCAUUCUAAUAAACUAGAGACACUUCCAGAGGAAAUGGGUGAUAUGCAAAAAUUAAAAGUCAUUAAUUUAAGUGAUAACAGGUUAAAGAAUUUGCCUUUUAGCUUUACAAAGCUACAACAGUUGACUGCUAUGUGGCUGUCAGAUAAUCAGUCCAAACCUCUGAUACCUCUUCAAAAAGAAAGUGACUCAGAGACUCAGAAGGUGGUGCUUACUAAUUACAUGUUCCCUCAGCAGCCACGGACUGAAGACGUUAUGUUCAUAUCAGAUAAUGAAAGUUUUAAUCCUGCAUUGUGGGAAGAACAGAGAAAACAGCGGGCUCAAGUGGCAUUUGAAUGUGAUGAAGACAAAGAUGAGAGAGAAGCGCCUCCCAGGGAAGGAAACUUAAAGAGAUAUCCAACACCAUACCCAGAUGAGCUUAAGAAUAUGGUCAAGACUGUUCAAACCAUUGUACAUAGAUUAAAAGAUGAAGAGACUAAUGAAGAGUCUGGGAGAGAUUUGAAACAACAUGAAGAUCAGCAAGUUGUAAAUAAGGAUAAGGGUGUGAAGACUUCAGAAAGUACUACAACAAAAAGCAAACUUGAUGAAAGAGAAAAGCAUAUGAAUUCUGUACAGAAAAUGAGUGAGCCUGAAGCUGAGACCAAUGCUGGAAAUUUACCAGUAACUGCAAAUAGGAAAUUGUCUGAGAACCUGAAGCAUAUUGUUAACCAUGAUGAUGUUUUUGAGGAAUCUGAAGAACUUUCUUCUGAUGAAGAAAUGAAAAUGGCAGAGAUGCGACCUCCAUUAAUUGACACCUCAAUUAGUCAGCCCAAAGUUGUAGCACUUAGUAAUAAUAAGAAGGAUGAUGCAAAGGAUGCAGAUUCUUUAUCAGAUGAAGUCACACACAAUAGUAAUCAGAAUAACAGCAACUGUUCUUCUCCAUCCCGGAUGUCUGAUUCAGUGUCUCUUAACACUGACAGCAGUCAAGACACCUCACUCUGUUCUCCCGUCAAACAGAAUCCUGUCGAUAGGAACUCCAAAGUCAGGCAAGAAGAUGAAAAUUUUAACAGCCUUUUACAAAAUGGAGUUAAUUUAAACAAUUCACCAGAGGAAAAAUUCAAAACUAAUGAUAAAAAGGAUUUUAAGUUACCUGAGUAUGAUUUGAAUAUUGAAGAACAAUUAGUUCUGAUUGAAAAAGAUGUUGAUUCAAAAGCCACAUCUGAUGACUCUCACCAGUUAGACCAUAUCAACAUGAACCUUAAUAAACUUGUGACCAAUAAUAUUUUUCAACCAGAAAUAAUGGAAAGAUCAAAGAUGCAGGAUAUAAUGCUUGGAACAGGCUUUUUAAGUAUUCAUCCUAAAAGUGAGGCAGAGCACAUAGAAAAUGGAAAUAAGUUUCCAAAUUUGGAGUCCAUAAACAAGGUAAAUGGUCUUUCUGAGGAUACUCCACAGUCUCCUGGUAGGAUUGAACCACAGAAUACCAGUUCUUCUGCUGAUGUGGGUAUUUCUAAAAGCACGGAAGAUCUGUCUCCUCAGAGAAGUGGUCCAACUGGAUCUGUUGUGAAAUCUCAUAGUAUAACUAACAUGGAGGCUGGAGGCUUAAAAAUCUAUGAUAUUCUUGGUGAUGAUGGUCCUCAGCCCCCAAGUGCAGCAGUUAAAAUUGCAUCUACUGUAGAUGGGAAAAACAUAGUCAGGAGUAAGUCUGCCACACUGCUGUAUGAUCAGCCCCUGCAGGUGUUCACUGCUUCUUCUUCAUCUUCUGAAUUACUAUCAGGUACAAAGGCAGUUUUCAAGUUUGAUUCAAAUCAUAACCCUGAAGAGCCAGAUCUAAUAAGAGCUCCCACAGUACCUGGCCCACAGUCUACACCUCAACUGUAUGGUCCUCCACAAUAUAAUGUUCAAUACAGUGGCAGUGCUACAGUGAAAGACACUUUAUGGCACCCUAAACAGAAUCCACAAAUAGAUCCUGUCAGUUUUCCUCCUCAGCGCCUUCCAAGAUCUGAGAGUGCAGAAAAUCACAGUUAUGCAAAGCAUUCUGCCAAUAUGAAUUUCUCUAAUCAUAACAAUGUUAGAGCCAAUACUGCAUACCACUUACAUCAGAGACUUACCCCAGCCAGACAUGGAGAAAUGUGGGCUAUCUCCCCAAAUGACCGGCUGGUGCCUGCAGUAACUCGGACUACUAUUCAGCGACAGAGUAGUGUAUCUUCAACAGCUUCUGUAAACCUUGGUGAUCCCACAAGACGUACUGAAGGAGAUUAUUUAUCAUACAGAGAGUUACAUUCAAUGGGAAGAACUCCAGUCAUGUCAGGAUCACAGAGACCUCUUUCUGCACGAGCAUACAGCAUUGAUGGUCCAAAUACAUCAAGGCCUCAGAGUGCCCGGCCCUCUAUUAAUGAAAUACCAGAGAGAACUAUGUCAGUUAGUGAUUUCAAUUACUCACGGACUAGUCCUUCAAAAAGACCAAAUACAAGGGUUGGUUCCGAACAUUCUUUAUUAGAUCCUCCAGGAAAAAGCAAAGUUCCUCAUGACUGGCGGGAACAAGUACUUCGACACAUUGAGGCCAAAAAGUUAGAAAAGAGUAUGCUGUCAAGGUCCUUUAAUUCCAAUCUUACUGCUGUAAGCAGUUCUCACUAUGGCAGCUCUAGGGAUCUGCAUGGCAGCCAGGGCAGCCUAGCCCUGAGUGUUGCAGACGGAAGAGGUUCUGGUGGGCACAUUUUUCGACAUCCCCAGACAUCCAGUCCUGGAGACUGUUGCCAAGAUGAUAGAUUCAUGUCAGGAGAGCAGAACCACCCGUCAGGUGCACUUAGUCACAGAGAUCUUCCAGACAGCUUGAUGAAAAUGCCUUUGAGUAAUGGACAAAUGGGCCAGCCUCUCAGGCCUCAGGCAAAUUAUAGUCAAACACAUCAUCCCCCUCAGGCAUCUGUGGCAAGGCAUCCCUCUAGAGAACAACUAAUUGAUUAUUUGAUGCUGAAAGUGGCCCACCAGCCUCCAUAUACACAUCCCCAUUGUUCUCCUAGACAAGGCCAUGAACUGGCAAAGCAAGAGAUUCGAGUAAGAGUAGAAAAGGAUCCAGAACUUGGAUUUAGCAUAUCAGGAGGUGUCGGGGGUAGAGGAAACCCUUUCAGACCUGAUGAUGAUGGUAUAUUUGUAACAAGGGUACAGCCUGAAGGACCAGCAUCAAAAUUACUACAGCCAGGAGAUAAAAUUAUUCAGGCUAAUGGCUACAGUUUUAUCAACAUUGAACAUGGGCAAGCAGUGUCCUUGUUAAAAACUUUCCAUAACGCAGUAGAACUCAUCAUUGUACGAGAAGUUUCUUCAUAAGCACUAUGACAAAAGAAAAAAAAAUGGGGGAAGAUAGCAAGAUUUAUGGAAGACACUUGCAAGGGAAAUAACUAUUUUGCUUAUUUUUAUAUAUAAAGAAGAACUCAAACUGUUGGCUUGGAACUUGUACAUUACUGAAAUAAUGGACCUUGUGGUUAGAGGGAGGAACCACUGUACAGAAGAUAAAAGAGACUGUUGGAUUCAUAUCAUAUAAAAUUUGUUGUUAGGUUUUUAAACUUAGCAAAUCAAGGCUACAGAAACAAAAUUAUGUUGUUUUUGUAUAGAUUGUAGGUUUAUUUUUGGAUUUCAUACACAUGACUGACUGUAUGCAAGGCAAUAGUUAGCCUUGAUGUAGCCCAGAGACAGAUGGCAGAGCUGUCUAUCUCAUAGCUUUUGUGUCCUUACUUUUAUCCAACUGGUAUUAAUGUUUUUUCUGCCGAACUACUUUUUCCUUGUGGGUAAGAGAUUGGAAGUGUUGGCUUUUGCUAUGUGCAUACUGAGGAGUGGGUAGAUGAAGUUGGUGCUGGUGGGUUCACUUUUCAAGGCCAGAGUAAAGCAUUAUUUCCUAUAAAAAAAUCUGAGGCAAACGGUGAAAAAAAGUUAUCUGAUAAUGUGUUUUUACUAAUAGAAUAAUGCAAUAAAAUACGUACCGUCUUUUUAAAAGACAAUAAUUGCAUUUUAUGAGCUCUACAAGAUGGAUUCUUGUCAUAGCUGUUGACUAUACAUUUGCUACUGGUGAUUCAGUUUUUAAUUUUUUUAGUUACUGAAGUUUUUAACUCUAAUGUAGAUGCAUGUCCACGCAUUUCUCAUUCUAUGAAGUCCUGAUACUUUUUUCUUUGAUAAAUGGUGGUACUUGCAACCUAAUUUUUAUAACUCCAUCAUAAUCUAAUUUAUAAUUUUUGUCUUAAGAAGCAAAUGAAACUAAAAAGCCAGUUUUAAGUUUUGUGUAUCACCCAUAAUACAAAAUGUAAGAAGGUUUCAGAAAGCCUCUUGGUUUUGUUGGCCUGGCGUUGCCUUGGUAAAAUGAGAGGAAAUGUGAGUGUGCAUGGAGCUAGGAAACCAAAGCAAGUCUGUGAGACUGGCACAGUGAUGGAGAAUUGCUGCAGAAAGUGUAGAGCACAGGAAUGGUCCCCGAGGCCUGCCAGUGUGUAAAGUGUUCAGAUAAAGGGCUGUUCUACAGAUAACAUUCAAUGUGAACUCCACACUUCAGAGUCUGUAAAGGGUUUCUAAAUGUACCGGUGUGAUAGCGUUUUAUCACCAAUUGCCUUUGUUCCUAGUUACUGUAACAAGGAUUGAUGAUAGAAGUGUAUUAAUUUUGUUUAUCCAAACCAUUCAUUUUAUUUGCUUUUGUUCUAUAUAAUCAAAUAAAGUUUGGGUAACAUGCA